CCCCGGUUGGUGUCGCCGGCUGCGAAAAUGGCGCUGAACAGGAACCACUCGGAGGGUGGCGGCGUUAUGCUGCCCCACGGGGAAUGUAUUAUCAAGCAAUGUAAAGAUGUGGAACUGACCUUCUCUGAUGUGACCAGCAAAUCAGAUAUGUUCAAAGGCACCAAGAAAGGCAUGGUGUUACUUACCCCCUACAGGGUGAUCUUUUUGUCCAAGGUCAAGGAUCCAAUGAUGUCCUUUCAGAUGCCAUUCACCUUGAUUAAAGGAUGCUCUGUUGAACAGCCAGUAUUUUCUGCUAAUUAUAUCAAAGGAAUAGUACAAGCAGAACCAGGAGGUGGCUGGGAAGGGCAGGCUUCAUUUAAGAUGAGCUUCUGCAGUGGAGGUGCCAUUGAAUUUGGGCAAAUGAUGUUCAGACAGGCCAGUGAUGCUUCCAGGGGAGUACCUGUCCAGAAUUUUGGCUAUGGAUAUGCAUAUUUUGCUGGGGGCUAUGCCCCUACUCCAACUGUUCCAGGAGGUUACGUACCAGCACCAGGGCCUUAUGUUCCACCACAUGCUGCUGGACCAUACCCUUAUAUGCAUGCGCAGAUGAAUGGAUAUGGACCUGCUCCACAACCUAUGGGAUAUGCAUAUGCGCCUCCUCCGGGUAUGUAUCCACCACCUGGUGCGAUGUAUAUGGCACCUCCUCCCCCAUAUCCUGGCUCAUCUUCUGCUGCAAGUCCUUCAGCCCCAGCUCAUGCAGGCCCUUCGUCUCCUACAACCUGGGCAGAACCUGGAAUGCCAGGUGGCAACAAAGCAGCACAGGCAACUUCUAGUGCAUAUUAUAACCCUGCCAAUCCCCAUAACGUCUACAUGCCUAUGGAUCAGCCGCCUCCUUAUUCACCACCUGAUGACAAAAAAGCUAACUAGCAGGAGCCCAGCAGC